CGGAGUGACAGAGGCACGAUGGCUGCAGAAAGUCCUUUGCUGCUGUCUCUGGUGGAGGAAUUUGUCUCAGGACUUCAGGACACCAAGGCAAAGGAUACUGCGACAGGUGUCAAAGAUGGACAGUUUACCGUCCUGCAGCUGGUGGAGGCACUUGGGCAGAGCCUGACCAGCUCCCAGCCUCACACUCGGGCCCGAGGGGUCCAGCUGCUCUCUGAGGUCCUCCAGGACAACUAUGGGGCGCUAACGGAGAGAGAAGUCGAACUGCUCCUGGCCUUCUACGAAAACCGCCUGAAGGACCACUAUGUCAUCACGCCGCCUGUGUUACGAGGGCUGCUGGCGCUGACUAAAUCCAGGAAGCUGCCUCCUGGUUCAGCUGUGUCGAUGCUGAGGUCUGUGUUUCAGGAUGUUCACGUGCAGUCUCUGAUGCUUGCAGAGAGAGCGUGUGUCUACAACAUGCUCAUCAACCUCAUGGAAAGUAGGGAAGAUGAACUGAAGGGUUUGGGUGCAGAUUUUGUUUUUGGUUUCGUCCAAUCGAUGGACGGUGAGAGGGAUCCCCGCAACCUUCUGUUGGCCUUCCAGAUCGCCGGAAACAUCGUUCUGCGGGGAUACAGCAUGGGAAAAUUCACCGAGGAGCUGUUCGAAGUGACGUCCUGCUACUUCCCCAUAGAUUUCUCCCCGCCACCCAACGACCCCCACGGCAUCACUAAAGAGGAACUGAUCCAGGCGCUGAGGGCCGUCCUCACUGGGACCCCCAAGUUUGCAGAGUUCCUGUUGCCGCUCAUCAUCGAGAAGCUGGACUCAGACGUCCAGAGCGCCAAGCUGGACUCGCUGCAGACCCUGGCUGCCAGCGUGGGACAGUAUGAGCACAGAGACCUGGCUGAGUUCCUGGAGGGACUGUGGAGCUCGCUGCGCAGAGAGGUGUUUCAGACAUCCAGCGAGAAAAUCGAGGCGGCAGCCCUCACCGCCGUCACCGCACUCACUUCCUGUCUGUCUCGCUCUGUUCUCAACUCUGACUCUGAAGACUCCCUCAGCUCCUUCCUGGUCCUGGUGCUCAGAGACUGCAAGCACCACCUGUUUGAGCCCGACUUGAAGCUGGUGUGGCCCAGCGCUAAGCUACUCCAGGCCUCCUGCAGCGCCUCCUACAGGGCGGCCCACAGCAUUACAAGUGCUGUUGUGCCCCCUCUGGUGGAGCAGUAUAACAGCAGAACGCAAUGUUCCGACAGGCGGACGCUGCUGGAGGUGGCACAGCGAUUCAUCCAGUCAACUGCUUCAUGUCAGUCUGUAGAUCAUGAUGAGAGCUUGUUUUCUGCGUAUAAGGACUCCCUGUGCAGCUUGGUGUUCUCAGCUCUUUCUGAAAGUAACUCCAGUCUGCAGAUCACGGCCGCCUCGGUGCUCACCUCUCUGGCCCAGCAACCAGGUCUGCUGCUGGACUCUGACAUCGAGCUCGCCGUGGACCACCUGACCAGGCUGCUGCUGACGGAUGAGGAUGAGAGAGUCAGUGCGGCUGUGGUGGAGUGCGCCGGAGCCUUGGCCGAGCAGCACCCAGCUGCCUUCAUCACCAAACUGAUCCCAACGCUGAAGAAGGAGAUGUUUUCGAACAGAAGAGAGUCGUCCGCGCUGCGUUCCCAUCAUGCAGUGCGUCAGCGCUGCCUGUCCGCGCUAGCCGCAGUGUCCAUCCGGGCCAGCGUCGUCAUGGAGAGCGCGCCCGUCCUCCUGGACGUCCUCUGCUCGGCACACGCAGAUCCCAAUUGUUUCUCCGUGGACGAGGUGGCGCGCACCUGCUUGAGCCUGCAGAGGAUAGCGGAGCGGGUCCAGGACGGCGAGGACACGAGCCGAUGCUUCCAUGACGUCGUCGUCCCUCGCCUGCUGUCUCUGGCGCUCCAAGCUGCGCUGCAAAGCGACGGGUCAUCGGAUCAUCGUAGUCCGCUGGUGGAGGAGGAGGUCCUGUCUGCCAUGGUUCCUGUUAUCAGCACCGCCUGCUCCCGCCUGAAAACGUUUGCAGAACAGACGGCCUCCAGGGUCGUGUCUCUCUUCCUGGACGGUGACGUCUCGUUUCUGCCCGACAACUCCUUCCCACUGCAUGUCCAGCUGCUCCAGGUAAAACAGGAGGAGGAGGAUUCAUCCUGGCGUCAGACCCAGUUGGUGUGCCUGCUUAUGGCUUGUGUGUGUUCGUUACCUCGCAGUGUGGCGCUACCCCAGGAGGAGCGGCUGCUGUCCGAGCUGGAGGAGCUGAGCUGCAGCUGCAGACACCCGCUCUCCUACACGUCGGCUGCCAAGUGCUUCGCCGGCCUGGUCAACAAGAAGCCUCAGGGCCCUUGUCUUGACAGUUUAAUUCAGGGAGUGAUAAAGAGAGUGAGCAGUGAGCUGGAUCGACCCUCCUCCCCUCUGCGCACUCAGGCCUUCACACUUCUGAUCUGGGUUGCCAAGGCUCUGCUGCUGCGAUACCACCCUUUAUUCUCAGCGCUAACCGACAAGCUCUUCUCUCUGCUCGACGACGCUCUCCUCGGCCCAAUGGCUGCUGACAGCUUCUCGCUACUGAUGAGCGACUCGGCCGACGUCCUGAACCGCGGUUGCCACGCCGACCUCCGCAUCAUGUAUCGGCAGCGCUUCUUCAGCGAGAAUUCCGCCAAGCUGGUGCAGGGCUUCAACGCUGCGCCACAAGAGAAGAAGGCCAACUACCUGAAGGCUCUGUCCAACAUCGUCAACAAGCUGCCGAAGCAGGUCCAGGUGUCUGAGCUGCCAGCUCUCCUGUCUCUGCUGCUGGAGGCCUUGACAUGUACCGAUGAGGGCGUCCAGCUGUCCACUCUGUCCUGCCUGCAGCCCGUCCUCAUAAACCCCCCGCAGGUCCUGAUCCAGCAGCUGGAGGCGCUGGUCAGCCGGCUGCUGGCCCUCAUCGGCAGUCCAGCCAUGAAAAUCCGCGUGGCCUCCAUACGAUGCGUUCUCGCUCUCUCCUGUUUCCCGGCUCACGAGGUGUUGCCGUUCCGGUCGCGCGUUCUGCGAGCGUUGGCUCCGCCCCUGGACGACAGGAAGCGGCUGGUGAGGAGAGAGGCGGUCCAGGCCAGAGCAGAGUGGUUCCUGUUAGGAAGCCCUGGUGGAAGGUGAUCUCUGUCUGUCCAUAAAACCUCCAGGACCAAGUAGCAGAGCGCUCUGCCUCCUGUCUGACUGCACACACACACACACACACACACACACACACACACACACACACACACACACACACACACACACACACACACACACAGCCUGGUGAAGAGUUUCAUGGAUCUGUGAUUGUGUCUGAAGCCCUGACCGGAGGCUUCACCAGGAGCUGUGCAGCCGGUCACAGACGCUGCCGACUGAAUUUUAUAAAUCAUAACUUAAGCAGAGAACCAGGCAACACAGCAUUCGUUGCUUUUGUUUGUUUUUCUUUCUAUUUUUGAUGAAAUGUCAUGAAGCUGAAGACAUUUUGUUCAGUACUUCACUGUUAAACAUGGCUGGUUGUUAAUACAAACCUUUUUAUUACUAUUAUUAUUUUAUUAACUAAGCAAUAAAGCAGUUUGAGUUUCAGUGA